UCAAAGCGAAAAGAAAAUACGCGAAAGAGGUAAAAGAGGAGUGCGCUUUCAUCUUUUUUGUCCGCUCUCUGCUCCGCUGUCUAAUGGUUGGUGUAUUAUAGUUGUCGCGCAUCCGCUUAUUAUUGGCAGAAUUUUUCGGCCUUCCCCGAGAAGAAAAAAGGCAAGGAAAACGGUGUUUGCGAGUGCGAUCGAAAAGUGUGUGCCGUCCGGAUAGUGGUUGUGCCGCCCAUUGCAUGAGGAGCACUGCCCAGCCCGACCGAGCCUGGGAGCAGCAGCAAGUGUCGCAUCACCACCGCCGGUAGCUUUCGGAGUCACUUCCGAUGGCGUAACCCAACUGGGAGUGAUCACUGCAUAUUAAGUAUCACCACCCGUCUAGGGAGCCUUCAGCCCGCGGUGUCCGCAGCUUUUCACGGAGUUUAAAGUCCGGAGUCAAUUACGGUAUCACGUGCAGCUUACCGUUAAGGAAGCGUCAGCUUCUCGAGAGCGAAAAACCACUUCAAAUUAUUUCUAGUGUCGGCGCUUUUGUACGAGCAUCCUACAAUCAGGAGAAAAAGAGUUCUGCGAUGUCAUCCUUCGAUGUGUACGAUCGUGCCUCCUGGUACUUCGGCCGUAUGUCCCGUCAGGAUGCCACCGAUUUGCUGCUUAGCGAGCGGGAAAGUGGCGUGUUUCUGGUCCGUGACAGUACGACCAUCUCGGGCGAUUUUGUGCUCUGCGUGCGGGAAGACUGCAAAGUCAGUCAUUACAUCAUUAACAAAAUCCUCGCAGCGGACGACUCGUGUAUGUUCCGAAUCGGCGACCAAACCUUCACCGACCUGCCCGAUUUGUUAAAUUUCUACAAGUUGCAUUAUCUCGACACGACCCCGUUGCGAAGGCCGGCCAUUCGGCGCUGUGAGAAAGUGAUAGGCAAGUUCGAUUUUGAUGGGAGCGAUCCGGAUGAUUUGCCUUUCAAGAAGGGUGAAAUUCUCGAGAUCAUAAGCAAGGACGAAGAGCAAUGGUGGACGGCACGAAACAGCCGAGGGUUGACGGGUCAGAUUCCGGUGCCCUAUGUAACGAGGUAUGAGGAUAACAUUAGCGAACGGCCACCGAACUCCGUUGGAGGCGGUUCGAACGCACACCACGGUCCUCCACCGGUGGUUGGGCUGCAUCAUUCGGAAAAUUCGAACAUCUUCAAGUCGAACCUGAACCGGCAGCUACCGGCUUUGGCACGUGUGAAGCAGGAACGGGUACCGAACGCGUACGAUGAAACGGCACUGAAGUUGAAUAUUGGCGAUGUCAUUAAGGUCAUCAAAACCAACAUCAACGGCCAGUGGGAGGGUGAGCUGCGCGGCAAGGUAGGUCACUUCCCGUUCACUCAUGUGGAGUUUAUAGACGACGAUGUCCAGCACUGGAGUGGACAGUAAAAAAAAGAGAACCCCUUUUCGGGUAGAGUCGUUUUAUUCUAUGUUUAUUUUGCUUCCAAUCAGAGGGAUUUAUUUAAUUGUACAGAUUAGUUUAUGUUUAGGAUGUACGCAACAGAUGAGUCAUUUAUGUUUUAUGUUUGUUACGAUAAUCGCAGGUGGUUUAGUGGAUAGGGUAUAAAUCUAGGCCGUAGAUGUAUAGAAAGUGACAAGAGCGCAAAACGAGAAACCAUUCUAAAGUGACAAGAUUGUGAAACAACCAAUUUAUAUAGAUUUAUUACCGAUAGAUAGGCUUGAGGGGGGCACAAUAAAUUCGACCCUCUGCCAAGCGUAAAUGUGAACCAGUAUCCAAUAAUAUAUGCAUAAUAACCGCCAGAUUAAGUCUAACUUACUACUCUACUGUUUAUGAAAACAAAAAACUUCAUUGCAAGAAAAAGGUUCAACAGAAGACAAACAAAACAGAGAAUUUUCCUUCAUCCCAUCGUUUAAAACAGGAAAAACAACGUAACAAUAAAUACAAUGAUAGCCGGAGAAGCACAUUUGUAGCAACGGACUUUUAGUAGAUAUCGAUAUUUAAGCAUAAAAUGUAUGCAAAACUGCUAGGUAACAAGUUAUAGAUCGGAACGGAGGAUUUCGCUGUGUUGGGGAUUUGCCCUUUUUUUGCUUGGACUUAGACUAGGCACCCUAUGUAAAUCGUAGUUGAAGCAUGUUGCAUUCAACAGUGCGAAGUGAGAUACCUCUGUCAUACAUACUUUGACGAAGAGAAAUCGUGAAAUCGUCGUCUGUGCUACUGCACUGGAAAAAAUCUUUUCAUGCAGAUGUCAUAAUUAUUGUGACGAAACUAAAGCAUAUGCAUUUCCACAGUUUUGUUAAUAUUAUCACUUUCUUUCUGUAUUAGUGGAUCAAACAGUAACGUAUGAAUUUGUUUUUUUUGUUGUUUUUUGUUUCUCGAAAAAAUCUAUUUUCUGACGAUUUUGGAAACUGAAACGAACUUCGGUACGAACCCUAGCACAGCGUCUCGAAUGUACAUCAUUCCAUCAAUAGAUAGAGUGAAAAGGAACUAGAAUGGCAAAGUAAAGUGCAAAUUGAAUGAAACCAAAAAUAACCAAUCAAUCAGCCAACCAAUCAAGAAGUAAAAUUAACAACGAUCCCAUCAUAAUCAAUAAACGUGUUAUUUAGCAUAGUAUUAUCUAGCUAUCAUAGCACCGGAAACAAAUGAAACUAUUGCAAAAGUAAAUCGAGCGAAAGUUUUCGUUAACAACAUUAAAUAUUAAAGCUUAUCAGGUAUUGAAUGUAACUCACUUUUGAUAAAACAGUUCGAACUUUGUGAUGUAAUUCAUUUUGAAAAGCACAUACCUUUGUCAAAAGGAAACAAAAAAACCAUGUAACUACAGAGUUGAUUAGGGAGAACAAACUGCACAUACCGACUUAACUCAAUGCCAAAUAGAUCACUAACAAACAAAUGGAACAAAUCAUACUACAAAACGAACCAAAACAGGGGCCAUAGUGAAUACCAACUCCGUCGUCUAGCUGUGUAGCCAUUUACUCCGGACUCCGGUGAAGAGCAGGCAGAUUUUGCUAGGUUUCCUCUCCUUGUGCGUGGCAGUAGUAAUUAGUGAGAACCGUUCAUGGUCGCCAAUACGUCAACCGUAUUGGUUAUUUAGUAGAGUUCUAGAAUACAUGAAAGUAGAAAACAGAAACGGCAUCUAAAUGAAGAAAGGCAGCCACUCUUCUUCACUAAACUGUGAAACUGUAGGUAUUCCAAAUCUUCUGCACCUUCAAACAAACAACGUUUUGUGAUGCCUACUGUUUUUGUAUGACUAGUUUGCAUACGCUAACAUCGAAUCGUGUGCGUAACUUUUUGUUGUAUAGAUAGAUAUGGAAACCAUAUAAAGAGUGUAUUUAAUCUGAAAAAAAAAAAGAAUGAGAAGACAGGUAUAUAUAUUUUUGGAAAAAAAAAUCGUUUUUGCAUAGUUCGCGCAAGCAAAUAUUCCUCCAUACAGAGAAUCACUUCUACGCAUAGAAAGUGUUUCCUCUUUGUAGAUGAGUGAGAAACAUAGAACUGACAUAAGUUGGAAAAUGGGCUAGAUUUUCACUUCAAUUAUCCCUCCCACACCCCCACGCAAUGGUUUGUAAAGUCGAUAACACAAGUACUAAGCUAAUCUGAAUGUGCAAUAAAUUGUAACACCCCCAUUUAACAAACUGAACCGAUACAGGCGCGUCAAGCGUGACCGAGUCAUCAAACAAUCGUUUAGUGUGUAAGUGUUUUAAGAAGGCUGAUUCGAUCUUCAAAUUUCACCCCAAUAAUCCGUAUUCAAAAGGAAGCAACCAAAUAUAUACUAAAAACACACACUAAAACAGUUAUUUCCGUAUUAUAUGAUUGUAAAGUAGAACAUUGAUAGAAAUAUUUUCUUAAACAAGAACUAACAGGAUACAUAUUCUAACGCAGUAACAGUAAUCUAGUGGAAAAAAUGGUAAAUAUUUGAAGAACAAAAAAAGCAACACAAAUACAACAGAAAACCGACAUAUUUGUAGCUUAUAGAGUUUAGUUAUUGCUUCAUGUAUGAAAUUAUUGCACUUUACAUAUAUUUAAAAGAAGUUUAUUUAAGAAAAAAGGCAUGCAAAUAUAUAAAACCGGUAGUGAGUAGGCUAUCGAAACAGAAUGGUUGAAUUAAUCGAUCUAAUUAGUUCAUGUACAAUAGAAAAGCAAGCAGAGCUAUAAAUAGAAAGACAAAAAUUCUUAUUAUCUAACGCGUGAACAAAAAAAUCCGUCAAAAACUGUUCUUCAGAAUCAUUCUACCGAUAGUCCAGAGGCAUUGUUUCGAACACACUGUCAUCACUGGUGGCCAUCCGGAGGGUACUAGCGAAAAAUAAAGUUCUCAGUCAAAUUGCUUGAAAGUAAUACAUAGUAAAA